UUUUUAUUUUUGAAAUAAGGCUUCUUGAUAAUUUUAAUUAAUGUUCAUUAAUAUUCAUCCUAUCUAUCUUCUUUGAUAUUUUAUAACUAUGGCUAUACUGACUGCAUUCCUCGAGGGACGUAAUGCAAGAACACGUGUGUGCAGGUUUAAGGACUUGUUAAUGAACUCCAGGUCAUUUCUAAAUUAAUUAAGAUUUCCACUCUGCCGCAAGAAUCACAGUCAUAGGUACCUGGCGCUGCAUGAAACCCUAUAAUUUAAUUUCUUUUAAAAUGAACCACAGUACUUUAGCUAAACUUAUCCCAUUUUCAUUGUGCAGCGUCAUGGCUGUCCGGUCGUCCAGCAACUACAAAGAAUUGGCAUCUGAAACGCUAUCACCACUGCACCUUCUGCGGCUACGAGGCGGAUAGUCCAUUCCACCUGAAACAACACAUGAGAGUUCACACAGGCGAGCGGCCAUUCCAGUGCCAUUUGUGUCCACAGAGCUUCAAACAGAAGCCCGCACUGAACAAUCAUCUGUUCACCCACACGGGCGAGCGGCCGUGUAAAUGCCACCUGUGUCCCCAGAGCUUCUCGCGAAAGUUCGCGCUGAUAAGGCAUCUGCGCACUCACACAGGCGAGCGACCAUAUCAGUGCCCUUCGUGCCCACAAGCGUUUAAGCAGAGUAGCCAUCUCAGUGCCCAUCUUCAUCAGCAUGAAUGCCGACCUGAAUUAAUCGAAGCGUCGAGAUCUUACAGCCUGUUGGUAACUGCGGAUCCCCAGAAGCCACAACCGAGGCACUACCACCGCUACCAUCACUGCAAAUUCUGCGACUACAAGACUAAUAACCUGCCCAACCUGAAAAGACACAACAGGAUUCAUACAGGCGAGCGGCCAUACAAGUGCCACCUCUGUCCCCAGUCAUUUAAGCAGAGCGGGCACCUCAGAUCGCAUAUGCGUCAGCAUGAACGCCAGUGACCAUUUCUAUGUACUACCUGUUGUUUGAGCUGUUUUGAACAGGUGCAUUUGAGUAGCUGUUUGAGUGCACAGUGGCAGUGCUUUGUUGCAUACAUGGUGUAAGAUGUAUACUCUUUAAGUGAGGACACUUGCGAGAUGCACGCGACCAUAGAGAGUA